GCAGUUGAGAAUGGCGUUGAUGCAACUAAUUAGUAACCGUCCAGAGACACCGUACUUCCGGCCACCACCCUUGCAUGUCUGUGUGUUAAGAAUUUGUGAACAGCCAAGGGUGAUUACUUGGGAUGUAAAGGAGGGAGUGGCAACAUCUGUCACUAAAAAGUAUAAUAAAGUGGCAGCCAUUUCUGAUGGCAACACAGUUGUUAAGGUGACUUUUUAUGAGGAGUUUGUGUCAAAAGUGCAGCAGGGCUUUUCGUACAUUAUGAAAGGGCAUGAGCUAAGAGGGACAGCUCCCCCUUAUGCUAUUCCUAUUAGUGCUUUGACACAAUUCUUCAAGUCGUCUGCACUUUCUGUGGCACAAGAGCUUUUUUCCAAAGCAGAGGAGCUUUUGCAUCCCCCGGCUCCUUUGAUCGACCUGAAAAUGAGCUCCACAAAUGUGGGGCUUAUAACAGUAGAGGGGGAGGUUGUGGAGUGUUUGGCCACCAGGAAAGUGCUGUCAGGGAAACAAGGAGUUCCCAUCAAAAAUUUGCAGCUAAAACAGGAUGGUUGUACCAUGAGAGUGUGUUUGUGGAGGGAGGCGGCCAUUCAUCAGCUUCACGUGGGAGACCACAUAAAGGUGUCCCAUGUUAAGGUGAAGCAGUCAGCUUUUGGAUUAGAGCUGCACAGUACGGUAUUUACAAAGAUUGAGACAACUGAAGAGGAACGUGCACAAGUAAAUGUCAUCGGCGUUACCACCACCAACAGCUCCAACCAGCUAGAGGUACUCUUGGAGGGUGGAGAGAGCCUGUAUAUUGAAGCAGAGAUGUGGCAGCCAUUUGACAAAGACCUGGAAAAGGCCAUGGUCUGUGUCAACAUAAAAGUGAAAGGAAAGCAUAUUUCAGAGAUGAAACAAAACUCAGCGUGAAUAAUUUGUUUGUGGUAUAGAAAAUGUUCAUUAUGUAAAAAGUUAAAAGGUUUCAAAUGUUAGUGUUCAUAUGUCAAAAAAGUUGUA